AUGGAUGUUUGUUACUUAGGCCGGUCCGUGAAUAGAGGUGGGACUGGUGUGUUGUUGGGUUUGCUUGCUUGCACUCUUCCAAGGUUCCGCUGCCUAGAGCAGCUUUUUCUUUUUUUCACGACCAGUAUGGACUCUUUAAUUCCUUUCACAACAUCGGGCUCCCUGGUGGAUUGUGUGGACAGUACGUCUGCUCAAAGUCAUCGCGAUUCUCCAGUUCCAUCCUGA